UGUUGACGUCAAGUGGCAGCUGUCAUCCAUCGUUCUUUUCCCAAGUCUUCGCCAUUGUGUGAGAUACUGUUUCGUGCUGAAGACGUGAAAAUCUCCAAUCAUCCAAGAUGGUGAACUUUACCGUAGACGAAAUUCGUGCGAUGAUGGACAAGAAGCGGAAUAUCCGCAACAUGUCUGUCAUUGCCCACGUAGAUCAUGGAAAAUCGACGCUCACGGACUCUCUGGUGAGCAAAGCUGGUAUCAUUGCUGGCGCCAAGGCGGGUGAGACGCGCUUCACGGACACCAGGAAGGACGAACAGGAGCGCUGCAUCACCAUCAAGUCCACGGCCAUUUCGAUGUACUUCGAGCUGGAGGAUAAGGAUUUGGUGUUCAUCACGAAUGCCGAUCAGCGCGAGAAGGAGCUAAAGGGUUUCCUCAUCAAUCUGAUCGAUUCUCCUGGACACGUGGACUUCUCGUCUGAGGUGACGGCCGCUCUGCGUGUCACGGACGGCGCUCUGGUCGUGGUGGACUGCGUAUCUGGUGUGUGUGUGCAAACGGAAACUGUGCUGCGUCAGGCGAUCGCUGAGCGCAUCAAGCCAGUGCUGUUCAUGAACAAGAUGGACCGUGCGCUGCUGGAGCUGCAGCUGGGCGCUGAGGAGCUGUACCAGACCUUCCAGCGUAUUGUGGAGAAUGUGAACGUGAUCAUUGCCACGUACAGCGACGACAGUGGCCCAAUGGGUGAAGUGCGUGUGGAUCCGAGCAAGGGUUCCGUGGGCUUUGGCUCUGGACUGCACGGUUGGGCGUUCACGCUCAAGCAAUUCGCCGAGAUGUACGCUGACAAGUUCAAGAUUGACGUGGUGAAGCUGAUGAACCGUCUGUGGGGUGAGAACUUCUUCAAUCCCAAGACAAAGAAGUGGGCCAAGCAGAAGGAGGAUGACAACAAACGUUCGUUCUGCAUGUACAUCCUGGAUCCCAUCUACAAGGUGUUCGAUGCGAUCAUGAACUACAAGAAGGAGGAGAUUGAGGCUCUUCUGCCCAAGAUCGGUGUCACCAUUAAGCAUGAUGACAAGGACAAGGAUGGCAAGCAGCUGCUCAAGAUCGUGAUGCGCUCUUGGCUGCCGGCCGGCGAGGCUCUGCUUCAGAUGAUUGCCAUUCAUCUGCCGUCGCCCGUAGUGGCGCAGAAGUACCGUAUGGAGAUGCUGUACGAGGGUCCCCAGGACGACGAGGCGGCUAUCGCAGUGAAGAAUUGCGAUCCCGAGGGACCGCUGAUGAUGUACGUGAGCAAAAUGGUGCCGACAUCGGACAAGGGUCGCUUCUACGCUUUCGGUCGUGUGUUCUCCGGCAAGGUGGCCACUGGCCUCAAGGCUCGCAUCAUGGGGCCCAACUACAUUCCCGGCAAGAAGGAGGAUCUGUACGAGAAGGCCAUUCAGCGCACCAUUCUCAUGAUGGGACGCUACGUGGAAGCGAUCGAGGAUGUGCCCUGCGGUAAUAUUUGCGGUCUCGUUGGUGUGGAUCAGUUCCUGGUCAAGACUGGAACAAUCACCACAUUCAAGGAUGCCCACAACAUGAAGGUGAUGAAGUUCAGUGUGUCGCCUGUGGUGCGUGUCGCCGUGGAGCCCAAGAAUCCGGCUGAUUUGCCCAAACUUGUGGAGGGUCUGAAGCGUCUGUCCAAGUCUGAUCCCAUGGUGCAGUGCAUCAUUGAGGAGUCUGGAGAGCAUAUUAUUGCCGGCGCCGGUGAGCUGCAUCUUGAGAUUUGCCUGAAGGACUUGGAGGAGGAUCACGCUUGCAUCCCACUCAAGAAGAGCGAUCCAGUUGUCUCAUACCGCGAGACUGUGUCUGAGGAGUCAGACCAGAUGUGUCUGUCGAAGUCGCCGAACAAGCACAACCGUCUGUUCAUGAAGGCGUGCCCAAUGCCCGAUGGCUUGGCUGAGGACAUUGACAAGGGUGAUGUGAACAGCAGGGAUGACUUCAAGGUGCGCGCGAGAUAUCUGGCUGAGAAGUACGACUAUGAUGUGUCCGAGGCCAGGAAGAUUUGGUGCUUCGGUCCCGACGGCACGGGCCCCAACAUCAUCUUGGAUUGCACGAAGGGUGUGCAGUAUCUGAAUGAGAUCAAGGACAGCGUCGUGGCGGGCUUCCAGUGGGCCACGAAGGAGGGCGUCCUGGCGGAGGAGAACAUGCGCGCUGUGCGCUUCAACAUCUACGACGUGACACUCCACGCUGACGCUAUUCACCGUGGCGGCGGCCAGAUCAUCCCCACGACGCGACGUGUGCUGUACGCCUCGAUCAUCACGGCUCAGCCGCGUCUCAUGGAGCCUGUCUAUCUCUGUGAGAUUCAGUGCCCGGAAGUGGCGGUGGGUGGCAUCUAUGGUGUGCUGAACAGGAGACGUGGGCAUGUGUUUGAGGAGAGCCAAGUGGCGGGAACUCCCAUGUUCGUCGUCAAGGCCUACUUGCCUGUCAAUGAGUCCUUCGGCUUCACAGCCGAUCUGAGAUCCAACACUGGCGGACAGGCGUUCCCGCAGUGCGUGUUCGAUCACUGGCAGGUGCUGCCUGGUGAUCCGAGCGAGCCCAGCAGCAAGCCCUACACCAUUGUCCAGGACACGAGGAAGCGCAAGGGACUCAAGGAGGGUCUCCCAGAUUUGUCACAAUAUCUGGACAAAUUGUAAACUGCGCGCAUGCAUUCAUUCUUCAGAAAAAACACCAACAGUUCCGCCGCCUCGAUGAUGGAAAAACAAACACUCAAUCUUUCUUUUUUUUGUUAAUUUUAAUUGCUAUAUCGCGAGUGCGAGAAAUGUAAGAUGGGGAAAAUGCGAGAGGAAUGGAGAUUGUUUGAGAGAGUUGUUCCAAUUUAUCAAUUUUUCUGUGUAAUUUUCCGAUCAAAUCCUUUCGUGUAGGUGUUUUUGAGGAGAGAAAGAAUAACCAACUCUAGAGACAUUGACAAUGUGGUGAGGAGGACAGCAAGUGAGAAGAAGGAGAAUAAGAGAAAUAAAGGAGGGCCACAAGAAGAGAAAA